GGUAGUCGCUCUACUUCCUGUUUACUUCUGAGAAGAAGUGACCCACUGCGGGAAGUCGCUUUAUUUUAUGUUUAUAGGCUAUGUGACACACCGUGCUGUCUGCUUUAACGCUGUCAACAUGGAGCAGCUCCUGUGUCUCCUGUUCUUGUUGUUCGUUGCUCCACUUUCAGCAGCACCGACUGGAAGCAGCAGCUACCUGCCGGGGACAGGUGAGCCCAAAACCCGGAACUUAACUGCUCAAGAGAUCAAACAUGACCCCCUACCAGGCCGGUUCUGGCACAUCACCGACCUCCACCUGGAUCCCUCCUACCACUUGGCCCCGGACCCCACCAAGGUGUGCUUCUCCUCCAAAGGAGCCCCCGCCACCAAGGCCGGCCUGUUCGGGGACUUCCUGUGUGACUCUCCCUACCGCCUCAUCCAGUCGGCCUUCGCUCACAUGGCGCCGCUCACACAGGAGCAGGACUUCAUCGUCUGGACCGGCGACAGCCCGCCUCACGUCCCUCCAGACGAGCUCUCUACGGACUUGGUGAUCCGGGUGAUUGCUAACAUGACCCAGACCAUCAGACAGCACUUCCCCAACCUGACAGUCUAUCCUGCACUGGGGAACCAUGACUACUGGCCGCAGGACCAGAUGCCAGACUCCGCUAAUGCCAUCUACUCAGCUGUUGCCCAACUGUGGAAACCCUGGUUACAGUCUGACGCUCUGCUCACACUCUCACAAGGUGGCUUCUACUCCCAAGUGGUCAAGCCUGGUUUGCGGCUGAUUAGUCUCAACACUAUCCUCUAUUACGGUCCAAAUAAAGUCACGACCAACAUGACGGACCCUGCUGGACAGUUUGAGUGGUUGGAGAAGACUCUGGAGAAAGCUGCCCAGAGAUCGGAAAAGGUGUACAUCAUAGCCCACGUACCAGUGGGGUAUUUACCCUUUGUCAGAAACAUUACUGCUAUAAGAGAGAGCCACAACGAGAGGCUGGUCUCCAUCUUCAGGAAGUACAGUCAUGUCAUCGCGGGCCACUUCUAUGGCCACACCCAUCGAGAUAGCAUCAUGGUGCUGCUGGAUCAACAAGGUAAACCAGUGAAUUCUCUUUUCGUGUCACCGGCUGUUACACCAAUCAAAAAUGUUCUGGAGCCCUUCUCUAACAACCCUGGUUUCCGCAUGUACCUGUACAGCUCCAAGGACUACGCUCUGUUGGAUAUCUGGCAGUACUAUUUGAAUCUGACGGAAGCCAAUGAGAAACAAAGAUCUGACUGGAGGCUUGAAUAUAUCAUGACUGAGGCUUUUGGACUGACUGACCUGCAGCCUCAACGCCUUCUUGAGCUGGGCCUGAGCUUCAGGCUGCCGCAGACCAAAGCCUUUGACCGAUAUUUCAGUCACUUCAUGGUCAGCUACAACAACAGUAUCAUCUGUGACGGAGACUGUAAGGUCAGCCAGGUGUGUGCGGUGCUCUACCUGGACCAGCUGUCCUACUCCAAAUGUGCUAAGGGAAAAUGGUAGAAUGAGCAGGGAUCAAAACUACGGGAUUUGUCUCCGAUGUAUUUUUUACUUUGCUUGAAUCAGAAAAGGGAAGAUGAUGCACUUUGUUUCUGUUGUUUCUGCAGCUCGCAAAUAUUAAGGCAAUAAUGUUUCUAUUAUGAAAGGGACCCUCAAACAUUAAAUCUUCUCCCUGGUUUUUAGGUUGAAGAGUAGGGCUGGGUUUUAAAAAACAAAUCAAUCUUAAUUUGAGAGAUCCGUUAUUGAUUUUUCUUUUUUUUUUUAAGUGUAAUCUAAUUUCCUGGAUCCUGUCAUGAGAAACUUUGCUGCGGUCUAAGCAACAAGCUUAAUCCAGGUUGAGUUCCAAACAUGAUAGAAGCUCCAACUUCUGAGAUCAAAGCUACAUGAAAGAUGCACCUUGAUUAGUUUUGUGAAACUCUCUUUCAUAACUAGGUAAAAUUAUUUUGAAAACUGAAAUAUCUGAAUUGAUAGCCAUGUGAUAGACUAGAGACCUCUCCAGGGUGUACCCCACCUCUCAGCUGGGGAUAGGCUUCAGACCCCCCUGUAACCCUCCAGGGGACAAGCAGUUACAAAAAAUAAAUAAAAGAAUGGACAAUGAAUGUCUGAUAUCAAAUUCAAUUAAACUACGAUCUGGAAUCAAAUUGACUCGGAAAGCCACUAGCAGUACAUAGUAAAUUCUACCCAAGUUAAGCAAUAAAAUUAUGUAUUCCUCAGGGACUAGUUUGAAUUGUUAUAUAUUUGCUAUAUGAUCACAAAACCUCCGCUGCUUUUGAAAUAUUUAUCAAAAAAAGAAAAUUAUUUCAUCUUUAAUCUGUGUCCCAAUAAUUUGCAAACUCAUUCAGAUGCUGCCACAAAGACAAGCGCCAGUAAAUUGAUAUUUUACAAAUAAAACCCUGAGAAAAAUGCGCAUAUUGUUGAUGCCAAGAUGCACUUGCUUGCCUUUCAUUGUCUCAAAUCCUCUAGUGACUCCUCAGCUUCUCUGUCUGUUUUAAGGACAUACUUAAAUGUAUGAGGGAAACCACUGAUGGUGGCUUUUGGUUACACACACAAUGUAAAUGUUCAUGCUGAACUGAUGCAAGUGAAAUAUGCUCUGCAGACUGAGUUGUAGCUCAGUCUAUCAUAAAAAUGAAUCCUCUUCUCCCAUACACUUACAGAUUAGGAGUCUAAACACUGCCAAAGCUGAUUAAUCGUCAAUAAUUCUCUAAUGAGAUUUGACAUGUACGACUGCUGCUACUCAUCCGUCCAUCACUGCUUAAAGCCCUGCCCCAAAAUGACCUAAUUGGCCUGGCAGAUCUUUGCUGAGGCAUAAUCAGUUCCCAACAGAGAGACUCCUGACUAAGUUCAUGCUAGGCUGUUUUCUAGGCUCAUGGUAUUAUUGUUAUUCCAACAGUAUACUUGCACAGUCAACUGUACCAGAAAUAAAUUUAAAAUGUGCAAAAUGUGAAUGAACUUCAUUGACAAGCUGCUAAAUAAACUGGACCACAUGUUACACAUCACACAAAAACUGUCAAUUUGAAGCUUCUUGUUUAUUUUUCUAUUAAAAAUCUGAAUUAAAAAAAAAAAAAAAAAAACAUGCUGAGACCACAUUUAACUUUUUCCUGAGCUGCUUUAUUAAGAGAUGUUGUUCUUCAUUGAAACCUAACUGCAGGUCUGUCACAGUAAAACGUUUUUUCAGCCUCUAACCUCAAAUGACCUCAUUUCAAUUUCACCUCCCACCCAACACCUCCUGAUCUCAUUCUUCUCCUGUUCAAACUUUCCCGAAACUCCUCUCGUUUCUCAGCCACCAUGUCAAGCAUUUGCCCCUCUCCUCUCCCUCUACCCUCCCAGCUCUUUUGUCCAUUCGCCUCCCACCCCCCAAAUGUUGAUUGCACCUCUCUCAAAGCUUCUCUAGCAGCUUUUCUUCCUCUAAGGUAAUAAUGCAUCACAUCACAAAAAGCCCGACUACAACAGAGAACCACCUCCCCCGAAAGAUAGAUUUGAAAUAAACCAGACUUUUUUAGAUCUAUUUCAGUGCAACUUAUGAAGUUAAGACACGUUUCCACAAAAGUCUAAACUUCUAGAUAUUGAGAUCCUAACCACAGAAAAAACACAGCCCCAUUUUUAAAGAUCUAAACAUAUUUAAACUCUUCACAGUCAGAUUCUUGAAAUAUAUUUUAUAUCUGGAGUUUAGAAAAUGUCUUUGGGUCGUGAAUCUGUACUUUGUGUGUUUUCUAAACUCUUUUGCCUCAUGUGCCCCCUGUUUGCCAUUAUUAUUCCCUCCCUCUCUCUACUCGUUGCCUGACAGAACGUAACCGUGGAGACGGAGUCGGUGGCGAUGGAGUCCUCUCCAUUGCCACGGUAACUAGAGUUGAAUCCAUGUCUUAGGUCACCGUUAUUGGCAAUUAUUUAACCACUGACCAGCCAGUUAGAUGAGGCAGAUUUGUGGCCUGUUGUGUUUGUGAAGCAGUGGAUCUCUUAACAUUCAUUUAUUUCAACGUUCGCAAGGCUGCAAUCAAAUGUAUAGAAAAUAUAGUUGUUAAAAACAUUUCAAGCUAGCACAGUUCAGUUAAAAUUCCAAGCCAUACUUGCGUGAUCCCCUGUCUUUUCCUCUAACGCCAUCAUGAGGUUAACAGUUGUCAUAAAAAAUUUAUUUAAACCUAUCAUUUUACCACCAGGAUUAAAUGUACAAUCUACAAUCUCUUGUUGUGCAAUAAUUUCAUAAACUUUCACAAAGCUGCAGUAGUAAACAAUUCACCAUCAGCUUCAUCAUGUAAGCCAUGUGCUAUGUGCCUUAUUUGUCCAUACUUGAGUUGUUGUACUUAUAUUUUAUAUCAUGUCUUCCUUGUUGUGACUUUCACCAUGGGUGUGCAGGUUAUUUAUGUAAUUUCGACUUGACUUGGCCAGAAAAAAAUACAAUAAAUAUAAUAUGUAGAUAAGAGUGUGUUACAAAGAACACAAAUCAUGAAUGUAUUCGCUGAAAUAGGCACUAAUUUCCAUCCAAAAAAAUGUCACAGAACUAAAAGUGAAGGAGAGUGCGAUCCAGUAGCUGAAUACCUUUAGAAACUCAAUCAUUGGCUGGCUGGCUGGCUGGUUGGCUGGUCAACUGUCUGUCCUCUUGAAUGAUGUCUGACUGGCUGGCUCUCUGCUUGGCUGACUGACCCAUAUGUUCAAGUUUGCAUACGUUUGUGCUUUUGUUCCACUUGGCCGGCUGUCUGACUGUUGGCCGACUGUUGGCUGACUGGUGGAGGCCCACGACCAGUUAAUCUGAGGAUUACUGUCAGGACAGUAUAGCCAUCCAACUGCCCUCUCCUGGGGUGCAGGAAUCUGUGUGUGUGUGUGUGUAUGUGUGUUCUUGUACUUGCUGGGUACUGAGGGCCGGUGUGAGUUUUUAACCAACAAAAUGAAGUCUUUCUUGGGAAGUGGGGACAUUUUGGCUAGUCCACACUUCUAUACAAGGCUUUUUGAAAGUUAAGACUCUUUUUUUAUUGUAAAUGUUCCAAUUUUGGUUAGGGUUAGGGUUAGGGUUAGGGUUAGGGUUAGGCACCUAGUUGAGAUGGUUAUGGUAAGGGACUAGGAAAUGCAUUAUGCCAAUAAGUAUCUUGUUUUAAUUAUUUUUGAAGGCCUAAACUCUUGCUUAAUACUUGUGGGGUCAUUUAUCUGGACCUUUUUUUGGCUCAAACCUAUUCAAAUUUAGUUUUAGGGUUAAACUUGACAUCAUGCCUGGGGUUAGACAGGUACUUCAGAUAAUCAGGGUCAGGAUAAUAGCCUAGGAAAUGCCUCUUUUCAGUGACAGAAAUCUGAGUUUGAGUGUAUUUUCAUUUCACCUAGCUGCUUUUUACAUCUUCAGGAUUGUAAACACUACAAAUUUAGCUCUCAGCUGUUGUUUUUUAAGGUUGAUACUGCCAAUUGUGGUUAAAUUAAGUCUUAAUAAAAAAAAUAAUUAAACACAGUC